AUGGCCAAUCAAGCUGCGUGGAUCAAAGAAAAGCACGCUAAGGUGGUUCUCGAUGAUGCUGAAACUCCGACACCUGGUGAGGGUGAGGUCCUAGUUAAGGUGGAAGUCAUCGCGUUCAGCCCUGUCGAAUCCAAAAUACAGAGAUUCGAGAUCCACCCUGUAAAGUAUCCCGCAAAUCUGGGCACCUCGUACGCUGGCGAGGUCAUAUCGGUCGGACCUAAGGUGACAAGCCUGAAACCUGGGGACCGCAUUACAGUAGGACGAGGAAGCAAAAAUUUAGCCGACUCACGCUUUGGCGCUCACCAAAAGUAUGCCCUAGCAGAGGCAGCAUACAGUUCAAAACUUCUCCCAGGCACAUCUUUUGAAAGCGGAGCAACCACCAUGCUCAAUCUGGCAACAGUAGUCGCCGCACUCUCGAUUCAUCUUGGUCUUGACCGGCCUCCGCUGUCCGGGUCUGCGAAGCCAAACGGCAAGAAAGUCUUUAUCUAUGGAGGUUCUAGUCCGAGUGGUGGUCUGGCAAUCAAAUAUGCCGCGACAGCUGGAUAUACAGUUGUGACGACAUCUUCACCACACAACCACGAUUUCGUACAAUCACUCGGACCAGCAUAUAUCAUCGACCAUACAGCCCCCGCAGACAAAGUCGAAGAAGAAACCCGCCAACAGGGCCCAUACGACGCUAUCCUCGACACCAUUGGCGUACCGCCAGUAACCAACCUCAUCGUGAAAUACCUAUUCUCCAUUGGCGGAGGUGGGUACAACACUUUAAUCCCUCUGCUGGGUGGAGAGAACCCAAUCCCGGAGAACGUGGAACGCAGAUUCGCGUCGUAUGGCUGGGCAUUCGAGGAUGAAUCUCAACAGGAGUUUAGUCGGUGGUUUUUCGAUGAGUAUCUUCCUAAGGGUUUGGAGAGUGGCUUGAUCGUGCCUACUAGGUCGCAGGUUGUUGAAGGUGGGCUAGGGAAUGUACAGCAUGCACUUGAUCUGAUGGCGGAGGGUGCGGUUAGUGGAAAGAAGCUUAUUAUGUAUCUUUGA